AAUUAUUAUAUCAGAAGCUCAGUUAAAUAAAGUCCUGAACAGGCAAUUGGAACUUCAUAUUAUAUAUUUUGAAAAUUCGAAAGUACUGUUUAUGCCUUAUCCAAUCGAGACCAUCAGACAAUUCGUUACUUAUGUACGGACGGACGAUCCCGGAUUGUUUUCUUUUACACACGCUUUCGAUCUGUAUCACUUGAGUUUAAGAUACGAGUUAGAAAAUUUAAAAAAAAAUGCGGAUUAUUUAUCAUUCGGCAAAUAAAUCUGCAUACCGUCUGUGUAAUCCACGAUUUUGCACGUGAAAUCGGUGAUCUGGUCAUAACUUAUUAUUGCUGGCUAGCUUUCGACGAACUCGGAGAAAGGCUAUUUUCAACAGUCGACUUUAUGUGCUGUAAAAUUGCAACAAUUGAUAGACUGCUAUCUCGAGCGAUAUAUCAAUCAGUCAGUGAAUUGCGAUUACUACAAGCCGUGUAUCAGUGGAGCAUAGAAGAAGUUAAAAGAAAAUAAGGGGCAGACAACUUUCAUUUGAUGAAUCAAGAAUCGAAAAAGAAUGCAAUAAGAAUUGUUAUGGAGCCAUUUAUUGUAAAAGUCAGAUUUCUUGCCAUGGAUGAACACGAAUUGCAAUCUUGUGUUUUUACAAUGAACUUGUUAAGCGAAGAAGAAAAGUGUGAAAUCUGGCAUGCUUUUAAGUAUGGUUAUUAUUCCUUGUAUCCCAGUUACUUCAGUCCAGAAACAAAAACCAGAAGCGUAAUAAAUUAUUGUAACUUGUUCUCGUACGUAAAUCUUGGAAAUUCGUUUAUGGUCGCAAACAGAAAGAUGGAAGAUUGCACAUAUUUUAGCAGCGAAGUAGUUGUGAGAGAAGAUUGUUACGUCACGGCUCUUCGAUUUCCGGUGAACCUUGGCGAACGUUUUCCAAUGUACGUAUACGGGUAUAUUAACUCUUUGGACAACGGACAGUUUUCGUUUGACACCGUUUGCAAUGGAGACGGAGUAGCAUAUCUGCAAACGUUUUUGUAUCUAGAAAAACAUUGGUCAAUUCGUUUAUUUGCUUUCUUUUUCCACGCUGAAAAUGUCCAACCCGAUAUCGAGUUUUCACCUGAACUGAGUUACUUUGUGAGUGACGAAAGAACAGAUGCAAGGAAAUUUGAAGACAAAAUUCUAACCUGUUACAGAAACCUUGUGAAUAAUAUUUACUUUUCGGUUGAUUUAUAUUUUUUAAAUGAAAAGUUCCUCUGGUGUAAAGAGAAAUUUGAACGAAAAUAUGAUGUAAAGUUAAAUUCGAAUAUUAUUAUUUCUGUAAAAUAUCUGCAAAAUGGGUGUGUACGUGAAUGAAAUAAUGAAUUUAUUGGAUUUACAGAGAACAAAAUUUAAAUUUAAAGUGCUUAUUAAUGUAAUUUUUUUCUGAAAAGUAUAUUGUCAUUAGUCGAGUUCUUUAAAAUUUAAAAUUUGGUAUUUGCAAAUAUAUCAUCAUUAAGAACGUUUAUAAUUGUCAGCAUUUUAAUGAUAACUACGUGGGUGAUUUUACUUUUUAUUGCAGUAGAUGUUCGAGAAGAAAUAUAAUUAAUCUUUUAUGUCUUCAUGUUAGUGAUGAUAGAAAUAAGAAGAGUUAAAACUAGAAUUUUUGUCUAAAUGUACGAGCUAUUCGAUAUCCACGUUUCAAUUUUAUUAUUUACAGUAUUGUCCUUUGUAUUCGUUGUAUAGAAUGUGAUUUUUUUUCCAUUCUUUUCAUCUACGACGCUUCGCGUAAAUUUAAUUGGCUUCAAAUUUGAUUUUUUCAAUUGAAUGUGUCCGGAAAUCUUACCUAGUUAUUGACAUUUUCUGUUAAAAGAACAGUGCGUUUAGAACGAGUUGACUGCAGAAUUUCUACAUUAGCAGUUUGCAUAUUCAAAAGAAGCUUUAUAAGGUGUAUCUUUAAUACUACGGGAUUACACUAAGAUAUUUUUUAUAGCGGUACUGUACUUAUUUUUAAUACUAAACAAUGGGACGUUGAAGACCAUUGAGAAAUUUUCGACGAAUUUUUUUAAAAUGUACAAUUUUUAAGAAUAAAUACAAAAUAUUUAUUUAUUAUAUUUACAGCAAUCACAUUU